AUGACACAUGAUGGAAACCAUCGCAUUGAACGCAAGAGAGAGGAAGUAGAACAACGCUUUGAACAAAUGACAAAUGAGGGAGAAAAACGCAUUAGAAUAAGUACAAAUGAUGGAGAACAACGCCUUGAAAGUAAGGCAGAGGAAGUAGAACAACGCAUUGAACUAACGACAAAAGAGGGAGAACAACGCAUUAGAUUAAGUACAAACGGUGGAGAACAACGCCUUGAUAGCAAGACAGAGAAAGUAGAACAACGCCUUGAAGGAAUUACACAAGAUGGAGAACAACGCCUUGGAAUAAGUACACAUGAAGGAGAACAACGCAUUGAAACCAAGGCAAAUGAAGUAAAACAACGCCUUGAACGUAUGACACAAUAUGGAGAACAACGCAUAACAAGCAGGACAAAUGAUGGAGAACAACGCAUUGAAAACAAAGCAGAGGAAGUAGAAGAACGCCUUGAACAUAGGACACAAGAUGGAGAACAUUUCCUUGAAACCAAGGCAGAGGAAGCAGAACAACGCCUUGAACAUAGGACACAAGAUGGAGAACAACGCAUUACAAGCAGGACACAUGAUGGAGAACAACGCAUUAAACGCAAUACCCAGGAAGGGGAAAAACGCAUUGACAACAAGACAUCGGUUGGAGAACGUCGCAUUGACAACAAGGUUUAUCAUGGGGAACAACGCCUUGAUAAACAAAUACGUGAUGUGGAACAACGCCUCGAACAGUCAAAACAUAAAAAUGCACCUGAGGAUUACGAUCGAGGCGUAGCAGGUUAG